GCAUAUUGCAAGUGUGAGGCAGAACGCAAGUGAGAAAGGGAGUGGAGAGACAGCGCGCGAGAGAGAAAGAGCACGAGCCAGAAUGAGCAAGCGAGAGAGGGAUAAAUGGCAUGGAUGAUCGACAACACUUCGCUCUCUGCAGCUCGCUAUCUUCCAACCCCACAGCUCUGGAUAAAGAUAAAAAUACAUCAUGGAAUCUCUUAAUUUGCUUCAGAUCAGAAGGCUUGGUGUUUCUUUAAUUCUUUUUGCGUUUACUCCACUGGCUUUUUUCCCCUUGGAUUUGUCCUUCGUCUGGCUUUUCCAGAAGUCCGCAGAAAAGGACAGUUGAAUGCAGUCACUGAUGUUCACAAAAGAAUGGGUUUUCAUUUCAAGGUGGCCAUUGGUGGGACAAGCACCAGCAGCACUUUGUGUGAUCAGCAUGCUACUGUGCCUCCCUCCUGCGUCAUGCACAGCCUGCCCUCAGAAAUGCCGCUGCGAGGACCUGCAGUUUUACUGCGACACGCAGGGACUCCUGGCGCCCCCAGACGGCGUGGACACAGGAGCCCUGGGACUCUCGCUCCGCCACAACAGUUUCACUGAGCUGAGCCCUGACCAAUUUUUUGGCUUCACCCAGCUAACCUGGCUACACUUGGACCACAAUCAAAUACACACUGUGCAUGAGGAUGCCUUCCAGGGGCUCUACAAGCUCAAAGACCUGAAUCUGAGUUCCAAUCGCAUCACCAAACUGCCCAACACAACCUUCAGCCACCUCAUUAACCUUCAAAUCCUGGAUCUAUCCUUUAACCAGAUGACGGCACUGGAGCCCGAGCUGUUUCAUGGGCUUCGGAAGCUCCAGAUCCUCCACCUGAGGUCAAAUUUACUGAGGACUAUGCCCGUGAGAGCCUUCUGGGACUGCUGGAGCCUGGAAUAUCUUGGUUUAAGCAACAACCGGCUACGCAGCCUGGCUCGGAACGGAUUCGCUGGGCUAAUAAAGCUACAGGAACUUCAUUUGGAACACAACCACUUGACCAAGAUUAAUUUGGCCCACUUCCCACGUCUUGUCGCGCUCCAGUACCUCUAUCUGCAGUGGAACAAGAUUAACAAUUUAACAUGUACCAUGGAGUGGGAGUGGACCACUCUGGAGAAACUGGAUCUAACCGGGAAUGAAAUACGGGCUCUAACCCCCGAAGUGUUUGAAACUUUACCGAACCUUAAGGUAUUGCUGCUGGAUAACAACAAGUUGACCAGCCUUGAUACCCAAACCAUGGAUAUGUGGAGAUCCCUGAACAUCAUCGGGUUGUCGAGCAACCUUUGGGAAUGUACCAACAGAAUCUGCAACUUGGCCAGUUGGCUUAGUAAGUUCAAGGGUCGAUGGGAGCAACCCAUCAUAUGCCAUAGCCCUGAGUUUACACAGGGUGAGGAAAUACUUGACGCAGUUCAUGGAUUUCAACUCUGUGAAAACAUUUUAGCACCUGUUGCUCUGACUAGCACCACAGUGGAGGCCACGUUACCCCAACAGUUCACAAGAUCUUUGUUUGGGAAUAUGCAGACACCGACGCAGGACUUCUAUGCAGAGAAUUUGGGGAGUUUUAGCAUUUUCACAACUUCUGUUACAACCUCUAAAAACCCACAAACCACAAUGGCUACCACCACUACAGCUGAGUUGGAAGAUGUUACUGAUGACUCUGCAUUGAUGGACAACAUGGUAGUAACCCAGACAAUUAUUGUAGGGACCAUGGCCCUUUUGUUUUUCUUCUUUCUCAUUAUUUUCAUGGUGUACAUCUCAUGGAAGUGCUGCCCACACUCUAUACGACGAACCCACCACUGCUUGACCAUUCAGAACAGGCAACAGAACCAGACACAGGAACGGCAGCCCAUGGCGGACCCGGCCACACAGCUGCCCUAUAACGAGUAUGAGAUGACUCACAAUGAUGGUGCACUUGUCAUCAUAAAUGGCUAUGGGCAGUGCAAGUGUCAGCAAUCAUCUUAUAAAGAGUGUGAAGUAUAAACACUAUUUAUUUACACAAAUGAUCAUUUUGAACAGAUUAAAUAAUACAUGGAUUGUUUAUGAAUAUUUCAGUUUGUAAAGAAAAAUGAAAUACAUGCUCCC